CCACAUAUUUCAGUCAAUUGUCGUGCGUGUUGAUUGUCGGUUCCACAUUCGCAGUUUAAACAAAAUGAAAUCUGUUUUGUUUCCAUAUGUGCUAUACUUAAGCCUAAUGCUCAUCCUAGCUGAAACACAGGCUAAUGAAAAUGAGUCUUGUGUGGCAACCAGAAUAGCAGAGGAGCAGUGCGGAAAGUACAUCUAUAAGGCUGUGAGACCUUUGUUAAAAUAUAUUCAUCAGAUGAAGGAGGAAAUUGAAAACAAUAACAAUAAGGUUGAAGGCAAAGACAGGGAAAUCAAACAACUGCAGGAAAAACUUAGCCAACGUAAUGAAUUGGUCAUCGAGGAACUGAGAGCUCAGAAUGAAUUCUACAAACAGAGUAUCACAGAGCUAACGAACAACGUUUUAUCAAUAAAAGAGCAAAUGAGUAAACCCAAUUCCAAUGCCUUGAAAAUCCAGGACUAUGAAGAGCAGCUGGAGAAACAAAAGAAGUCAAUUGAUCAACAGGCCCAACAAAUAUCCCAACUCAAAAACGAAAUCAACAUUUGUGCCAAGAAACUAAAAACCGACGAAGAGAAGCCCGUUCUCAGUGACUGCACCGACUUUGCUAAUGCUCCGGGUAUUCAUAAGAUUAACCCGGAUCCGUUCGAUGUUCUUUGUGAUAGUGCGACAGCAGGUCCUGGCUGGACGGUUAUCCAGCAGCGAAUCAACGGUAAGGAGGAUUUCUACAGGAAUUGGACCUCUUACCGUGAAGGUUUUGGUUCCUUUGAUGGCGACUUCUUCCUCGGUCUCGAGAGGAUUCAUCGCUUGACACGCGCCCAACCUCAUGAGCUCUACAUACAUAUGGAAAGAUUUGAUGGUGACAUCAAAUACAGAAGAUACGAUCAAUUUGCCAUUUCUGGCGAGGAGGACCAAUACACCUUGAUCACCUUGGCGAAAUCUGAGGGCAGUGCAACAAAUGAUUACUUGCUAUACCACAAAGAUAAGAAAUUCAGCACAUUCGAUCGUGACAAUGACAAUUUGAAUUCUGGCAACUGCGCAAGCCGAGACAAUUGUGGUGGUGGCUGGUGGUACGGUGAUUGUGCAUACAGGUAUUGAUCGCCACAGCUUUGUCAAAGCAAUUUAUAUGCAAUUAAUUUUAUGUGUCCAAAAAUGAUGCCAUAUAUUGGGAUGGUCACGACUCCUUGAAGACAGUCAAAAUGCUCAUACGCCCCAAAAGCAAUGGAAAAUAAAAUCAAAAAACAAAUAUGUAUAGCAUUUAUUGUAAAAAAGUAAGAAUUGUUUCACAAUGUAAUUAUUAAUAAAUUCAGAUGCUGUAAUCCCUUCGAAAACCCACAACAAAAUAUUAAAAUCGACGUAUAUCAAAUGAAAUAUUUUCGAAUUCGAUAUUAAAACAGAUUUUUUUAUUUACUCUUACAUAAAGUUGGAUACAAAAAAGUCUAUGGAGUCCUUGAAGUCGCCGCUCAGGGAGUUUUUCAGGAUUUAGAGAUUCAAGCUGAUCAGUUGGACAGGUGGAAAGAUAGAUAAGACAAAUGUUAAAAGUUACAUUAACAAUU